AGUGUUAUCGGGUUCGGGCGGAUUUCGGAUUGAGACAAAUUUGCCCGACCCUUUUUCAGUCCCUCUUCCUAGUUUCGGCGCUGCGCUCAUCAAUGGUUUCUUAUCCUCACAAGCAAAAAUAUAUCAAAAUCUCCAUAGGAAAGGGAAGAGAGAGGGAGAGAGAGAGAGUGGGGGAAAAGAUGAAUUAUUAGAAUUUAUUAUAAUUGAUGCAAAUUAUGGCUUCCGUGUGCCACCCUACUUCGAUUCAGUCUCCAUUUCUGUCCAAGAUUCCAACUUCAUGGGAAGAAUCUAGCGUUUCAGCACCCAAGUUCAAGCUCGUUAGGGUUUCAUGCAGGAACAAAAGGGAACCCAUGUCAAACUUGGCAUCCUCAACUUCUUCAAUGUAUGGGGGUAUGGGAUGUAAUUUCUCAUUUAUGGUUAGAGUUGAGAAAUGUAAUUGUUCCCGAGCUUUUUCAAGUACCACAGUUAUCAGAAGCAAUUAUCCUCAGAAUGCUGAUCUACCUCGAUACUACUCAAAGAGGGAGAAAAAACCAUUUCCGAUACCCAUUGUUGAACUGAGACGGGCAGCAAGGCAGAGAGUGAAAAGUGCAAGUGGAAAGCCUAGGAAACCAACACCACCUCCAAGAAAUGGGAUGCUUGUCAGAAACCUUAUACCUGUUGCAUAUGAUGUGUUUAAUGCAAGGGUUAUGUUGAUAAACAACCUGAAAAGGCUUCUGAAAGUGGUACCAGUUCAAGCAUGCAAGCACUGCAAUGAAAUUCAUGUUGGACCAACAGGGCACCCCUUCAGAUCAUGCCGUGGAUUUCGUGCUGAGUCCCGCAGGGGCCUUCACGAAUGGACAAGCACUGCAACUGUUGAUGACAUAUUUGUCCCCAUGGAGUCCUUUCAUCUUUAUGAUCGCCUUGGAAAGCGCAUUACUCACUCAGAACGAUUCACCAUCCCCCGUGUCCCAUCCAUCAUCGAGCUCUGCAUCCAAGCCGGCGUCGACCUUCCUGACCUCCCCACCAAGAGACGGAGGAAGCCUGUGAUCCGUGUUGGCAAGAGUGAGAUCAUUGACGCAAAUGAGGAUGACCUGCCUGAUGACCUAGAUCCCUAUUCCAGAUACAAGAAGAAACCAAUUAUAGCUGAGAUUCCAGACGGUGAAAUAAUACCUCCAACAGGAGUUGAGAUUACCUCACUUGCUGAGGAAACCCUAGAGACAUGGGAUAAGCUGACGGAUGGGGCAGCAAGGCUGAUGAAGAAGUAUGCAGUUAGGGUUUGUGGAUACUGCCCGGAGGUGCAUGUGGGGCCUAGUGGGCACAAGGCGCAGAACUGCGGGGCCCACAAGCACCAGCAGAGGAACGGGCAGCACGGAUGGCAAUCGGCGGUGCUGGAUGACUUGAUACCACCGAGGUAUGUGUGGCAUGUGCCUCAGGGAGUAGGGGAGCUGCAGAGGGAGCUGAGGACUUUUUAUGGGCAAGCUCCGGCAGUGGUGGAGAUUUGCGUGCAAGGAGGAGCAGAGGUACCGGAGAAAUAUAGACCGACAAUGAGGUUGGAUAUCGGUAUACCGACUAGCCUGAGAGAGGCUGAGAUGGUAGUGUAAAGAGUUGAAACGGAAGCGUUGCUUUGCAUCAUAGCCAACUCAGUUCAAGGUUUUUAUACUCCAUUUUUUCUGUUAUAUUGUUACCAGAUUGUUGAUUAGAUUCUGGACAAGUUCUUUGAAAACUCACUCAACUAAUGCUGAUCAUUGUACAUAAGAAUUGAUAGGUGUGAAGAUGUUUAUUUUGAUUUUAAUCCAGUUGUUUUA